GAGAACUUUAAGGAAUACCCCAGACUUUGCGCUCAAGCUCCCUGAUACUUCAACAAACAAGUCAAAAUGGGUGUUUCAAACUCACCUUUCGUUAAGUAUUGGCACGCAAUCAAAGCCUCGCCCCCGGGCAUUUACAAUAGGAGACUGUUUUUGACUGUCUUUGUCUAUGCCCUUGCCGGGAGUCCCAGAGGCUGGGAUGAAGGCUCUACUUCUGCAGUCACGCAGUUGAAGAGUUUUCAAAGGGAAUUCGGGAUCACACCAACCGGAAACCCAGAUGCUGUUUCGAACAUUGUUUCCUUCGUCAACCUGACGGCUGGCCUCGGGGCUCUUCUAUCCUUCCUUAUUAACGAUCGCGUUGGCCGCCGGUGGUCUCUUCGGAUCUACAUAACUAUCGUAGCUAUCGGCACGCUCAUCUCGACAUUCUCAUACGGUUCUCUCGCUGCCCUUUACGUCGGGCGUCUAGUCUCUGGCCUUGGAAUUGGGGCACUCACAGUGACCGGUCCCAUGUCAAUUGUCGAAAUCGCACCUCGAGUAACGAGAGGUCUUAUGACACUUUGGUUCAACAUCGCCAUGCUUAGUAGCCAGAUGAUUGGAAUUUUCGUGGUAUAUGGUGCCAACACCAAUAUCCCGAUCAGCAAGAAUCUCCAAUGGCAAACACCGUUCUUUGUACAAACUUUCAUCCCGGCCAUUGCUAUCGGACUAUCCUUCCUCGUCGAUGAAUCGCCGCGAUGGCUCUGUCUAAAAGGCCGUACUGAUGAAGCCAUUAAUGUACUUGCCCGAAUUCGUGGUUUCGAUAUGGACAGCCCUCACCUAUUAGCUGAGUUCGAUAGCAUCAACACUCCGAUCCAGCGCGAGCUCAGCGAGUACGGACAAGAAACUCUACUGUCGACACUCCGGGAAACAUUCUUUGUCAGGUCGAAUCUACGCCGUGUCCAAUUAACGAUUGUCGCGUAUAUCCUUGCUCAAAUGUCCGGCGCCAAUUCGAUCACCAACUAUCUGCCGACAAUCUUCGGCUAUAUUGGAUUGAAGAACGACGACGCUAAGAUCUACUCGUCCGGCCUUUAUGCUUUCGUCAAGCUCUUCUGUUGUAUUCUCGCUUCUCUAUUCUUCGUUGACGCGAUCGGACGCCGAAAAUCGCUAUUCAUCGGUAUCACUAUUCAGAUGUUCUGCCAUAUAUACCUAGGCGCGUUUUUAAACGUAACUGGUAGCGGUAAGCUUAACAACUCACACGCCGAUGCCGCUGCGAUCGCGGCAAUUUAUAUCCACGCUCUUGGAUGGGCUGUUGGUCUAUACAGUUUGCCAUACCUAUUCGGUGCGGAACUCUGGCCAAACAGAAUCCGUUCGUUUGGUGGUGCCCUUUCGCAGUGUUUCCAUUGGCUAUUCCUCUUCGCCAUCACGAAAGCCACGCCGGCUCUGCUAUCCUCUAUGGACAAAUGGGGCGCAUUCAUAUUCUUUGCAGCCUGGUGUCUGAUCGCCUUGGUGUAUUGCUUCAUUAUGGUACCGGAGACUAGUGGGCGCACAUUGGAAAGCAUGGAUCGUCUCUUUGAACAUAGGUGGUACGAGAUGAGGAAAUACGCCUAUGAGAAGUCUUCUCCUUCAAGUGAAGAAAAACUUGACGCCGAUGUCGAACACGCCGAGAUCCAACAUGUCUCUGAUAAGUGAGGAAUUGGUUUAGGCUUGGAGACUAUAUGAAUACAGCUUCGACUUGGUUUCUCUUCUCAGCGUACGGCAGGCAAUGGGUUUAGCACGGCAAACCAUGGGAUAGUCCGUGCUUUUUUUCAAUUCUAAACGUCAAUGUGCAAUAACUGCUUUCUAUGUCUUUUCAUAGUUAUGAAUACAUGAUGGCUGGUUCUCGGAAGCCUCAAU